UUUCGGCGGGAGGAGGAUCGAUGGCGUUCAUGCGGUACCGUGCGCUGCCGCAGGGGGAGGUGACGGCGGAGGAGUUCUGGGCGUGGCUGGGGCAGUUCGACGCGGACCACGACGGGAGGAUCAGCCGGGAGGAGCUGCAGCGCGCGCUGCGGAGCCUCAACCUGUGGUUCGCGUCGUGGAAGGCGCGUGAAGGGGUGCAAGCCGCGGACGCCAACCGCGACGGCGCCGUCGGCAGGGAGGAGGCCGGCCGGCUCUUUGCCUACGCGCAGAGGCAGCUCGGCGGCAAGAUCACCCAGCUCGGCUCCUACUGAUCAGGCUGGGCAUGAGUUGAUCUGCUGGUGUAACUAUGAUGGUGUGUGGAGUAUGAGAUGUUUUUUUUUUCCGAAUGAUGUGGAGUAUGAGAUGGAUAUGUUUGUGUUUUCGCCUUUUCGGAGUUCUUGGGACAACUUU